AUGGGCUACCGCGAGUUCAAAGCCGAUCUAGCUGCCGCAAAGAGCUCAAACUACGAUCGAAUCUCGCGCCUCCGCGGUGGUGAAUUGGAAGGCGAGAUCACUUUCCUCUACGAGCAUGAUGAGCCACUAUGCCAAGUCGAGAUCCAAGUCAUCAUUCAAGAUGUCGAAAACUACCCCAAUAGUCGCGCCGUGCUGCUUUUCACUGUCUCCGAAGACGUUGACAAGGGUUUCAUCGACCGCCUCCAGAGAAUGACGCCUCACCUCGUCCAAAAGUCUAUCCAUGAAGCCAUGACGGAAUUCUCGAGGCAGAUGGCCACUUCCAAGGGUGGAUCGCCCGCUAAAGUGCCUACUGGAGCCAUAUCCCCGGAUUCCGAAGACGAGCUCACCCCUUCACUGCAGUCAGAGCCCUGGGAUUUGUCUGAUUUGGAGUCUGAUGCUGAUGAGGAUAUGUACACGGGUCUCCGCCUCUCCACAAAGAGGGAGACGGAAGAUUAUUCGCCAGUAGCCAUCCAUCAGAGAGAUGCUACAGAUCAACAACGAAAAGACUUGCUUCAAGCAAUGCAUCGUGGAUUUUCCAUCGGCGUCAAUGGCCGCCGCCAGAACCAGCUCGGUGACAUCUUUUCCUUGGCCGUAAAGGUCUCGGAGUUGGGACUCACAGAUAAUGGCCUUGCCUGGGGCUUGAAACCCACCGACUACGUUGUGAUGCUCUUGAAAUUCCCUCAGGGUUACCCUUCGCCUUCAGAGUACCAGAGCCUUCGUGGUAAGCAGUCAGUUGCCCUUGUUCGGUUUGGAAAAUGCUCCUUCGCGAAGCCGUCCAACGUCUCUGCCCAAGCAGCUUUUCACAACGAUGCAAAAGGCAAGGCCCCAGUACGUCAUGCUGCCUAUGACUCGGCAGCAUUCAUCCCACUGUAUCUCUUCAACCCCAUCACGAACAUUCUCAACGAAUACCUUCCAGCCCUAUUGCAAACGCGGAGAGACCUUAGUAUUUCGUGGAGCGAGGCGCAAAUCUUGCAUCACCGUCAAUCAGAAGGCUCUCAUAUUCGAGACGACGCAUACCGCUCCACCACAGAGGACCAUGCGGCCGAAUUGAAGGAUAAACUACCUUCAGCAACACCCACCCACUGGGUCCUAUCCCAGGACGACGCUCUGGUGCACGAAAAUCAGCUCAGCAUUCCCUUGAUUCUCAUGCAGUUUGCACUGCAGAGCGUAAUGAAGAGUGGCAAGUUUUGCAUCAAUUGCCAUGAACACCUGGAGGAGGGUUUUGAGGCUAUGAAGCCGUAUGUCUGCUCACGCCCAUUAUGUCUCCACCAAUACUAUUCAUCCGGCCUUGGCCCAGGCAUCGAGCACGACAUACUCACGGCCCCUUACGUCGUCGAUCUUGUCAUCAGCUUCUUCUAUGCGGCGGUCAUGAGUCGCCGUAUCCGCGAGUUGCCUAUAGGACUCGGACUUAAGACAUUCCGCCCUGGCACUCCCGAAUCCCCGCGCCAGAAUCAUGAGGCAACGGCCUGUUUUGUGACUAGAGCUGCAAAAUGUGACUUUCCUUACCCAGGUUUCCGGAAGGGAGAGAGACUGUUGAUGGUUGUCAGGGAUGAGAAACUCCUUCCUGGAUAUCCAAUCUUGAAAAGCCUUGCCGAGAAACACCUGUGUGAGGUGACAGAUGUAAGCAUGCUUGGGUUCGAUUUCAAUAUCCUCCAGACCUGGUCAGCAAGUUUGGGAGACUUGGUCGAGUCUCAGCAUCAGAAGUCAUGGGGAGGGGCACCACCGAAAAGAAAAUGGAGAAGUGUAUACGUAUACCGCUGCGUCAAUGAGUUUGAUAAUCUCAGAGAGAGUGAGCGUCAUGACGCAUUGCUAAUCAUGACUUGUGGCAUCCCGCCUGUCACCAAAAUGAGGGAGUUUCUGCUGGCAAAUCCCUCCCAGAAGUUGUCUUCUUGGUCUCACCUUGACCAUCCGACUUAUAAACUACUGCAUUGGAUCGUCGCCUCCAACAGAUCACUCAUUGUGUACGAUGACCAUGGGAGAGGCCUAGAAACCCCGGGCGGCACCAAAGUCAUCGGGAUGGAGGAAGGUUGGAUGCAAUUCCGAUUCCUACAGGGCUCCCCAGAGAAAGAAAUCAGAUUCAUGGAGCAGAUAGCAUCCGCGUUUCCCGAAGAUCCAGCAUCUCCCUCCACGGCGAUCCCGACCUUGUUCGCCUUCCAUGGCAGCCCAUUGGGGAACUGGCACAGCAUCAUUCGAUCCAGUCUUGACCACACCCAGAGAGAGAACGGGCGGGCCUAUGGCAAGGGUGUCUAUCUCAGCAACAGGUUUGAUACAAGCAUCCAGUACUGCAGGCCCAAGAACGACAUGGGUUUUAACCCCAUUGUGGAUGAAUACUGGCCGCGUUCAGUGCUGAAGGUUGCUUCUGCGAUUGCCAUUUGCGAAGUGAUCAAUCGCCCAGCUCAAUUCGUGUCAAUGGUCCCACAUUAUGUGGUCGAGGAUAUUGAUUGGAUCCAGUGUAGGUAUCUCUUCGUCAAGGUUGGCGACUCCGUGCCAAGGAUCGAUACCCCAAUCGUGUCCCAGAAUUCACUAGGCUACCUCAGACAGGAUCCUGCCCGGAAGCUCCACGGAAAGCUGGAGAUUCUGAUCCCAACAUCAGCAAUCCCCGUCUCACGCCUGAAGAUGUUCCCUCAUCUUGCCGCUCGAAGUCUUCCAAGUGAUUGGACAAAUGAUCCAGGUCUUCCAAGUGAAUGGACAAAUGAUCCAGGCUCCCAGAAGGAGAGUGAGGCUUUCCAAGGAGAAGACUUGGACGGCCUCCUUGACUCAGCCGACGACAUGAUUGAAUAA